CCCACAUAAAAAGGCCAGAGCACUGCCUUCUCAGGCACUUCUAUCAAAGACGGACCAGGACCAAGGAUCUCCAGGAAAUCAGUUAGUUUUGAACUUGGAGAUGACUUCUCUUCUAGCCACAGCAGUUCGCUUUUUGAUCCUAACUCCAUGGCUAACACGACAGGUGACCGGCCGGGUACGACCAGCUGAUCCAUGUGAGCUAGACAUGGCUGAUGAUGUGUUUGAUGAUCAGUAUGACGGUUGUAUUAAAGAAAUGGAGGCAAAAGCACCCCAGCUGUUAGAAGAAGAACUUAAAGUGAAUAGAAAUUUAAACACAGAAUGGAAAAAGGCAAAGACAAAAUGGAAGGAAAUAAAGAACAAAAUAGACUCAUCAAAACAACUCAAAGAUUCCCAUGGAAUAGCUCUAGUCGCCUAUACUGGAGAUAUUGGAACAGAAUUUAACAAAGCUGUCAGAAACUUCCGUCAAAAUACAAAUAAGUUUCAGUUUAAAGCCUUCCAUUAUUAUUUGACAAGAGCUCUUCAGCUUCUCAAGACAAAGGACUGUUAUACAGUUUAUAGAGGCUAUAACACAAAGUGUAAUUACAUUGGAAAAGGAAAUGUACGUUUCGGCCAAUUUGCCUCAUCAUCUCUCGCUGAAAAAGUAGCUAUAAAUUUUACUGACAAUCGUAAGGGAACACUUUUUACCAUCAGAACCUGUUUGGGUGUUAAAAUUGAAAUGUUCUCUUACAUUCGAUCACAAAAGGAAGUGCUAAUUCCAGGCUAUGAAGAAUAUCAGAAAGUCAUCCAAAAUAACAAUGAUGUUUCACUUGACAGGCCCAAAAUAUCUAAGAGUAACUACAAUUGCUUCUAUAUCAACAGCUCAGGAAUGAAAGAAAGUUCUGCAUUCAUUCUGCUGCUGCCUGGCCUCCUGGUCCUGAGGCUCCUCCCUGCUGAGCUGUAACCUUGCCCUGCCUGGUGCCUGGUUCUGCAUGGGGUAUUGGGAAGGGAGGGACGCAGGGUCCGUGUGUGGCUUAUGUUAGUGCUCACAUUCCCCGAGACAUCUAAGGGAUCUUCUGGGUCUGACCGCAAAAGUAUGCUUCCUGUCUCCAAAUGCACUUACUACCUGAGAUAAGUCCCUAGUUUCUCGACACUUCGCUGUGAUUAAAAAGCAAUGCUUUUACACACUGUCAGCAGUCACUGUCUUUAAAAUGCAAUUUAAUCUUGAUGAAUGUUAUAAUCUAAAGAAAUAAACCAUUGAUAAUCACACCUUGCUUCUCUGUGACUAGAUUUUACUACUAGUUGUAUUCUUUGCCCAGGAAAUUCUCCCAGGGCAUUUGAUGUGAUGCUGGCAUUUUCACAGUUGAGAAGUUUCAUAUCUUAUACUUCUCACAGAUAUCCUUGAAGCCUUGAUUGAUUGAGCCAGAAAUACCAGAGCUGUGUUAGAUAAAUCCUCCCUGCACCACCCCACCAGAAACCCAAGCAGUCACCAAGCC